AUGGCGAACAACGGUAAAUAUGUCCGAACGGUCGAUACCUCGACCCAUGACGAUGAUAACAACUCAACCACAGACCAAGUUGAGAGUGAGCACUCCUCAACCCCAAGCUCCCCGAGAUCGAAUUCUCAAAGCAGCGAUGGAAGCUACCGAUCGGAUUACGAAUCUGACAUUGACGAUAACCAUGUCGAAGAAGUGGCUGAAAUUCCCGACCGUACACACGCUAGCGCACCAGCUGCUCCGCCGAGCCCGCCAUCCGUCGCCUGCUCGGCCCCUACAGCAUCACCGACCGGGAACACUACCUGUGAUACAGUGGAAGUGCAGAACGCGGCACGCAUCGAGCGAAUGGAAAAAAUGAUCGCUGGUAUCAAUGAAGCUUUAAGUCGUUUCCAGCCCGGCCCAACUCGACCAUCAUUCGGUGAAAAUCCUGACGCAACCUGGAGCUUUCCAAGUGAAACGAGCUUGUGCACCACUCCGACUUCCUCCUCCAGCAUCCGCUGGGACCAUGUUAAGCCAUUCCCCAGUGGAAUCCCCGCUAACAAAAUGUGGGAGGAGUGGAACCGCUACAUGGAGAAUUUCGAGAUAGCGGCCACGCUGGGAAACGUGAACGACCCGGUCAAGAGAACACAGUUGCUGUUUCUAUCCAUGGGCAGCGAGCUACAGGAAAUCGCGAAAGCUGCCAAGCUGCGCCCAAGCUUGACGAAUCCGGAUUGCUACAAGGACUUCGUAGCGAACGUGAAAGGUUACUUUCGUUCACUCACAGACACCGCCGCCGAACACGAGGCUUUCACCCGAAUGAAACAAGAAGCCGGAGAAAAGGCUGUUACCUUCCAUGCGCGCCUAAUGUGUAAAGUGCGCUCCUGUAACUACAGCGUUGACGACGAAGACCGGUUUGUGCGGGCACAACUGCUGAACGGACUCAAAAAUCGUGAGCUGGUAAAACAAGCACGAACCUAUGGAUUUGAUACGAACUUCAUCGUACAAUCAGCAACGAGAGAUGAGACGUUUGAAGCUGAGACACACCGGCACGAAGAAUCCAGCGCGUUCGAGGUCAGGAAGAUGAAUCGAGCUGCAACAUACAGCGGAAACUACCGCAAGCGACCGAAUGUUGGAAGGCGAACUGAAGAACCACCAGUUAAGCAGCACCAAGGAAACGCAUUGAACCAGCGCUCCCAAGAUCGACACUCCAGAUGUAACCGUUGUUUUCUGUUCAGGCACCGUAACGGCCAGUGCCCUGCAUUGAAUCGUAAUUGCAACAGAUGUGGCAAGCGAGGACACUUCGUGGCCGCCUGCCGACAGAAACAAGUAAAUUUCGCGCAAAAUGAACGGAACGACAUAUCCACGGACAGAAUGACAUCCCCGAUUGAAGACAAGUACAAGGAUGACAAGCAGCAGGAAGUCAAUGCACUUACUUUACAAGAUGUGUUGAUUGACUGUACCGUUGGAUCGUCUAGUGCGAUACGUUUCCUGAUAGACUCAGGUGCCGAUGCGAACAUCAUCGGCGGGAAAGACUGGGAGCGAUUGGAACAAGAGGCUCGAUCAGGAAAAGCAAUACUUGAAAUGAUGGGCAGCACUUCAAGCAAUAGGCUGCACGCCUAUGGGAUGCGAGAACCCAUGGUUGUAGAAUGCAUCUUCAAAGCAGAUAUCUUGAAGGUAGGCCUAAACUCUUCAGAACUGACAACAUCCGCCGUUUUCUACGUUGUGCCAAAAGGAACAAGAUCCCUACUUGGACGGUCCACUGCAAGUGACAUGGGACUGCUGCAGAUCAACAACACGAUCAACCAGUGCGAAACGAACAUUUUCCCUAAAAUGCCUGGGGUGAAGGUGCGUUUUAGCGUCAACAGUGACGUCCCACCGGCCAAAAACGCGUACUACAAUGUACCUGCUGCAUACAGAGAGGCUGCACGAACCAGAUUACAUGAAAUGGCAGCACAAGGCAUAAUAGAAAGAGUGACGUGGGCCCCGAAUUGGAUUAGUGGAAUGUCCGCGGUGGCCAAAGGCUGCAACGAUUUCAGACUUGUAGUUAAUAUGCGCGCUGCUAAUCGCGCUAUUAACCGGGAAUAUUAUAGAUUACCUCUACUGGACGAGAUGAGAGUAAAACUCCAUGGUUCGAGGUAUUUCUCCAAAUUAGAUCUCCGCAGUGCCUUCUACCAUCUCGAGCUGUCCGAGGAAUCCCGAGAUUUGACAACCUUCUUGGCCGAAGACGGCAUGUAUAGGUUUACCCGGCUCAUGUUCGGCGUCAAUUGCGCGCCGGAAAUCUUCCAGCGUGAGAUGGUCCGUAUUUUAGAAGGAAUCGAUAACAUUAUUGUAUUUAUCGACGAUAUUUUAAUCUUCGCUGAAACGUUGGAAUCUCUCCGGAAAACGGUUUCAAAGGUACUUCAGGUCCUGAGGGAAAACAACUUAACGUUGAACCAAGAGAAGUGUGAGUAUGACCAAACCAGAAUCAAGUUCGUUGGUCAUCUCCUUGAUGCUGAUGGUUUCCACAUAGACGAUGAGAAGAUUAAAAGUGUACGCCGCUUCAGAGAACCGACGACCCUAUCGGAGCUUCGAAGUUUUCUAGGCUUGACAACCUUUUUGAGUCCUUACCUCGAAAAUUAUGCGAAUGUUACAAGUCCACUGUGGGCUGCUACCGCAACUAAAGCUUGGUUGUGGGGUCCGGAACAAAGUGAAGCAUUCGCAUCAAUCAAGCAAAAAAUCAUAGAAUGCACGAUAUCCUUGGGAUUCUUUUCCGAUAAAGAUGAUACUAUUUUAUACACCGAUGCCUCGCCAGUCGCUCUCGGUGCUGUAUUGGUGCAGGCGAGUCCCAACCAACCACCAAGGAUAAUAAGCUUCGCCUCAAAAGCUCUCACCCCUACCGAGAAAAGCUACGCGCAAAAUCAAAGGGAGGCCCUGGGCGCAGUAUGGGCCGUGGAGCACUUCUCCUACUUCCUGCUCGGUAGGCACUUCACGCUUCGUACUGACGCUCAGGGAGUAUCGUUCAUUCUCAACCGAUCCCGUGAGGAGUCUAAAAGGGCGCUAACACGGGCUGACGGAUGGGCCCUGAGGUUAACCCCCUACAGUUAUACCGUUGAAUAUGUUCGCGGUAUAGACAAUAUCGCAGAUUCGUCAUCCAGGUUGUACGACGGGGACGAUGCACCUUUCGAUGAUGAAGCUAGCCCGUGGGAAAUAGCAUCCCUCGAAACAAACUCCAUCGAAUUCCUGACGGAGAUGGAUAUCAGAACCGGGACGGCAGCAGAUGAAAUACUUUUGCAAGUAACUUCUGCCAUUGAAACUGGAAUGUGGCACAAGGAUCUACGGAAAUACCAGGCGAUUGAAAACGAGCUUACUUUUCGAAACGGAAUCCUCCUUAAGACUGGCUGCGCCGUAGUACCGAAAGCACUUCAAACACGUGCGUUAGAAGUGGCUCACGAGGGACAUCCGACGGUUGCAAAGAUGAAAAGCAUAAUGCGACAACGUGUGUGGUGGCCUGGAAUGGCCAGCGAUAUAACCAAAUGGGUGAACUCUUGCGAAACAUGCUGUGUCAACGGUAAACCGGAACGGCCAACCCCGAUGGAUCGCGUAUUCGCACCGAAAACAGCAUGGGAGUCUAUUGCCAUAGAUUUUAACGGCCCUUACACUAAAUUCGGCGGUAUCUUGAUCCUCGUCAUAGUUGACUACCGGUCGAGAUACAUCAUCGCACGACCCGUUAGAUCUACAAAAUUUGAACACACAAAAAACGUGCUGGAUGACGUCUUCGACAAAGAAGGGUACCCGAAAACCAUAAGGACCGACAAUGGUCCGCCAUUUAACGGCACAGACUUCUCGGAGUACUGCAAGGAGCGGGACAUCACAGCAACAUUCUCGACACCCCUUUUCCCACAGCAAAAUGGGCUUGCUGAAAGCUCCAUGAAGGUCAUAAACAAGGCUAUGGCUGCUGCAACGUCCAACAAAACCGAUUACGCUGAGGAGUUGAAGAAAGCUAUUGAUGCACAUAAUGCGGCUGCACAUAGCGUAACUAAAGUUCCACCUGAGGAAGUUAUGUAUGGGCGCAAAAUCAAACGGGGCUUACCCCUGAUUCAGCAUGGAAAAUCAAGCUACGAUGAAGACGAUUUGGAGCGCAGGGAUCGCGAAGGAAAAAUAGCUGGGAAGAAGCGCGAGGAUUCUCGACGCGGUGCUCGCAGAUGCAGAGUAAAACCCGGUGAUGAAGUUGUGAUCGAGCGACAAAACCGUCCGAAAGGCUAUUCCCGUUUUUCCCCUACCAGAUACACUGUAAUCGAAGAGCGAAACGGGAUCCUUAUCCUGAACGAUGGGAAUGGAAAGGUCGCAAAACGCCACGUAACGCAAACUAAAAAGGUUGGUCGGUGGCGGGAUCUUCAACACCAGGUCAGUAUACCUUCAGAUGAGAAACAAUCAAUAACCGAAAAAGCUUCGUCCGAGUCGUUCCAUAGACCUUCCCGGGAAAAACGAGCUCCUACAUAUCUUCAUGAUUAUGUUCAGGUUGUAGAGAACUGUCAAAUGUGA